AUGGAAAAGAUGAUGAAAAAGAUGAUGGGUGUUAUGCAAAAGAUUAUGGUAGACCAGCAAAAGUUGAUAGCAGAUAAUCAGAACCACGACUUGGCGGUGCGAAACUUAGAGAGACAGAUGGGUCAGAUAGCUAGUGCUCAGAGCACCAGACUACAAGGGGGGCUUCCAAGUGACACUGAUCCAAAUCUGAAACCAUGUACAGCAGUGUCUCUCAGAAAUAGGAGUGGACUGCAAGGGAUCCCGAAAUAUGCCAAGUACAUCAAGGACAUCGUGGCAAGCAAGAGUCAUUUCACAGAGUAUACUACAGUUGCACUUACUGAGGAGUGCACUUGCCAUAUUCAAAAUAAAUUGCCUAUAAAGUUGAAGGAUCCAAGCAGUUUCACUAUCGAAAUCACGAUUGGAAAGCAAGUCAUUGCACGUGCACUGUGUGAUUUGGGGGCUAGUAUUAACUUGAUGCCAUCGUCUAUGUUCAGAAACCUGGGGUUGGGAAACUCGAGACCUACUACUAUUGUUCUGCAGGUGGCACAUAGAUCUUUAGCCAGGCCCGAGGGUAUUAUUGAAGAUGUUCUUGUGCAGGUUAGGAAAAGUGUUGAUCGAUGUAACGGCAGGGCAGCUUACUAUGAGGUACAUGAUAAAGUUGAAGUAUUUAAUUUGUACAAAGCCAUCAAGUUGCCCGCAUUCUAUGAGGAACUUUCUGCUAUCACUAUGGUGAAUGAUGACACUAGGAGACCUCUUAUUACUUCGCAUGACCCGUUAGAGAGAGCAGUAGUAGGUGAAGAUGUUUUUGGAGAUACAGAAGCGGUUGAGAUGAUGCAGAUUCUUGACCUGGCAGGCAUUUACUUUCGAGAGGGGGAUUUCGAGCCACUCGAUAGAAAAAUUGGGCCACCGUCUAAGUUAUCGAUAGAGGAGGCCCCGAAAUUAGAGUUUAAUCCUUUACCCACGCAUCUCAAAUAUGCACUUUUGGGCAAGGGUGAAACUCUACCAGUUAUAUUGGCAGCAUAG